GGGUUGGUGGUGUUGGACCUUAGGCCGUGCGUAGUGAUCUGGCCCCUGAGGUUGAUGGCUGAAUGGGCGAGGGCUGGUGGAAUAUUUGAGUGAAAUGAUUACCGGGGAACAGGGAAGGGGCUUCUCUGCAUGUGCAAUGGCGGAGGGUCUAGCUGUUUUGGGACUUACAGAGGAGGGGUGUAGGGCAGAGGCCUUACCACUGAAACUUAAGCAGCAGUUCUUGGUGGGAUCUGGCUUUGUUGCCUGAUUGGAGGGGGAGAUGAGAAGCAGUGGCUGGCUGGAGAGCCUGUAGCCUGUGGGAGCUGGCUGCCUUCCUUGGGCCUGGGCCCAGAGAGAGGAUCCUGCGGCUGGUGGCGUGAGAUAAGGCUGGGAUAGCUGGCCUGUUCUGCUCCAGAGAUGUUCCCCCAGAGCCGAGCCCCGGCUCAUCUCCAGACAGCAAUUUCUACAACCCCUCAGUCCCUGAAACUGACCUACCCAGAGACAUUAGACCGGAUCAAGGAGGAAUUCCAGUUCCUGCAAAACCAGUACCACAGCUUGAAGCUAGAAUGUGAAAAACUGGCAACAGAAAAAACAGAAAUCCAGCGACAUUACGUCAUGUACUAUGAAAUGUCCUACGGCCUGAACAUCGAAAUGCACAAACAGACGGAGAUUGCCAAGCGGCUCAAUGUGAUCUGCGCCCAGCUCAUCCCAUUCCUGUCCCAGGAGACCCGAGAGCUGAUGACUGUUCUGGUCUCCUCCCAGCACCAGCAGCAGGUGGUCCAGGCGGUGGAGCGAGCCAAGCAGGUGACUAUGGCAGAGCUGAACACAGCAAUCGGGAGCUCCCUGGCGCUACCCAACGGGGAGCGGGUGCGAGCCAUCUCCGAGUACCUGAGCAGCAGCAAGAAGAGGAAGGCCGAGGAGAAGGACUUUGUCACGGACUACGGCAGCGACGCUGACAAGAGCGAAGACAACCUGGUGGUGGACGAGGUCAGUGCUCGGGCGAUUUGUGUGCAGCAGCACCUUGGUGGCUGGGUGUCUGAGCCGGACUCUGCUUGGAAGGUGGAGAAAGCCGCGACUCCCGGUUUGAAGUCCAGCACGCCGACGUCCCAAGGAGAGGCUCCGGCGCCAGGCUCCAGCAGCAGCACCCAGCAGUUCCGCCCGGGCGCGGCGAAGCCCUCGGUGGAUUCUUUAGCCCUGGGCCUGCGGAACCCGCUGGCCAUGCAGAGCUCCUAUCCGGCCGCCUUCGGCAUGGCACAUCCCUCCGUCAACGGCGAUGUGGCCGGAGCUGGCGCCUAUGCCGGCCUGCACCUCAUGUCCCCGCAGCUCAAUGGGGCAGCGGCGGCCGUGGGAGCCGCCGGCUACGGCCGCUCCCCUCUGGUUGGCUACGACCCGCACUGCCACAUGCGAGUCCCGGGGCUGUCGGCCGGCCUGCAGGCGGGGACCUCAGGCAAACCCGCCUACUCCUUCCACGUGAGCGCCGACGGGCAGAUGCAGCCGGUCCCCUUCCCGCCCGACGCCCUCAUCGGCACCGGCAUCCCCCGGCACGCCCGCCAGCUGCACACCCUGACCCACGGCGAGGUGGUCUGCGCCGUCACCAUCAGCAGCUCCACGCAGCACGUCUACACGGGGGGCAAGGGCUGCGUGAAGGUGUGGGACGUGGGGCAGUCUGGGGCCAAGACGCCUGUGGCGCAGCUGGACUGCCUGAACCGCGACAACUACAUCCGGUCCUGCAAGCUCCUCCCGGACGGGCGCAGCCUCAUCGUGGGGGGCGAGGCCAGCACCUUGUCCAUCUGGGACCUGGCCGCGCCCACCCCCCGCAUCAAGGCGGAGCUGACCUCCUCGGCGCCCGCCUGCUACGCCCUGGCCAUCAGCCCUGAUGCCAAGGUCUGCUUCUCCUGCUGCAGCGACGGCAACAUCGUGGUGUGGGACCUGCAGAACCAGACGCUGGUCAGGCAGUUCCAGGGCCACACAGAUGGCGCCAGCUGCAUCGAUAUCUCCAACGACGGCACCAAGCUGUGGACGGGGGGGCUGGAUAACACGGUGCGAUGCUGGGACCUGCGGGAGGGGCGCCAGCUGCAGCAACACGACUUCAGCUCCCAGAUCUUCUCGCUGGGUUACUGCCCCUCGGGGGAGUGGCUCGCCGUGGGCAUGGAGAGCAGCAACGUGGAGAUCCUGCACGUGGCCAAUCCGGACAAGUACCAGCUCCACCUGCAUGAGAGCUGCGUCCUCUCCCUCAAAUUCGCCUCCUGCGGUAAAUGGUUCGUGAGCACAGGGAAGGACAAUCUGCUGAACGCCUGGAGGACGCCCUACGGCGCCAGCAUCUUCCAGUCGAAGGAGUCCUCCUCCGUCCUGAGCUGCGACAUCUCCACGGACGACCAGUUUAUCGUGACCGGCUCGGGCGACAAGAAGGCCACGGUUUAUGAGGUCAUUUACUGAGGGCGAGCUGUUCCAGCCCUCCCCCUCUGCCCAACGGACAAACAUCCA